UCGGGCACAGUCUCCGUCGACCAGACAUCCAGACGAAUGGUUUGGGUAGUUUUUCUUAGUUUACUUGAAGGUUGCCACUUGCUUUUCCCAUUGACCAUGAAAAUGCAUGUUAUUCGAGGAGGUAGCGGGUAAGGUAUCUCCUGCUAGCGGUAUAAUUAGCCAAGGAGUUCCCAGACCUCGUGUGGCGUGAAUUGGUUUUUUUUUAGCACUAUCUAGUCUGCUAAUGUUUUCGUUAAUCUGAAUGGGGGUCUUCAGUUGUUAUUGCAUGUGGUGUUAAUAACUCACCAUGACGAACUAUUCAAAUUAACCGUUAGCUCUUGGUCAGCUUGCUAACCUGCGAUGGCUUAUUGUAGAAGAAAUGGCUACGAUGUGACGUGAUGACCAUUUGGCGUACGUUAAAUCGCUAAGUCUUUAAUGAUUUCAAUUGACUUUAAAAGCUUAUAGAAUAUGUGCUUACCUGGGGCACAUACAUGCAUACAGACACACACAUCGAGGCCAGCAUUAACUUAGUGAGCGUACGCUUCCAGUUACGGCAAUGUCACGUCCAGCAGCUUGUUGACGUUAACUUGACCAUAUCUGUCUAAAUAGAUUCACUCUUGUAAUCCAGCUAACUAGAGGGGCUCGUUUAUAGACAAUAACGGUGCCACACGAACUCGGCUGUUUUCUUUAGCGUUAGCUAUCAAGCUAGCGAGCUGACAGUAGCUGGUGGUGUGUUGCUGAUCGAAAACCACGAUCCAUAUGAGACGGGGAUUUAACCGACUACUGUAAAAGUCAAACUUGCUAAAAAUAAAAAAAGACCUUUCUCUCUCCCUUCCACAGUUAAGGAGAUCCUGUCGGGUUUGCUAGUAAAAGGGGAAUGCUGAAAUGCUGUGUUGGGGCAAUGCUUCCUAUGGACAGCUAGGUUUGGGUGGGAUAGAUGAGGAGAUCGUGGUGGAGCCCCGGAAAUGUGAGUUCUUCGAUGGGAAGCAGGUGCGGGAUGUGGGCUGCGGCCGAAGGCACACGGCCUUCCUGCUGGAGGAUGGGACAGUAUAUACCUGUGGCUGCAAUGACUUGGGACAGCUGGGACACGAGAAGUCUCGAAAGAAGCCAGAGCAGGUUGUGGCGCUGGAUGCACAGAACAUUGUGGCAGUGUCCUGUGGAGAGGCUCAUACACUUGCACUGAAUGACAAAGGGCAGGUUUUCUCUUGGGGUCUAGGCUCCGAUGGGCAGUUGGGCCUUAAUAACUUUGAAGAAUGUAUUCGUGUGCCUAGAAACAUCAAGAGUUUGUCAGAUGUUCAAAUUGCUCAGGUAGCCUGUGGAUAUUGGCACUCACUUGCUCUUUCCAAAGGGGGCCAAGUCUUCUGCUGGGGUCAGAACCGAUAUGGACAACUGGGUGUGGGAAUAGAGGGACAAGGCAUUUCCACCCCGCAAGUAAUCCAGUCUUUGCAAGGAAUUCCUUUUGCCCAGAUCUCAGCAGGGGGUGCUCACAGCUUUGCCCUUACACUCUCAGGGGCAGUCUUUGGUUGGGGGUGCAAUAAGUUUGGGCAACUGGGCCUCAAUGACAACAACGAUCGAUGUUUUCCAACUCUGCUGAAGUCUCUUAGGUCACAGAGGGUGAUUUACAUCUGCUGUGGAGAGGACCACACAGCAGCCCUGACCAAAGAAGGUGGUGUGUUUACAUUCGGAGCAGGUGGAUAUGGCCAGCUUGGACACAAUUCUACAAAUCAUGAGAUCAACCCCAGGAAAGUUUUUGAACUCAUGGGAAACGUGGUCACACAGAUUGCAUGUGGAAGGCAGCACACUUUGGCAUACAUCCCAUCUUCUGGAAAAAUGGACUCCUUUGGGCUUGGAGGGAAUGGCCAGCUUGGUACACGCUCCACUUGCAAUAGGAAAAGCCCUGCACCUGUCAAAGGUUCCUGGGUAGCCGCUAACUGUCCAAUCUCGGCAAACGCAGGGCAGGUCUGCGUGAAAAAGAUAUAUGCUGGAGGAGACCAGAGUUUUUCUCACUAUUACACUUCUAAUAACCACCAUGUUCCUGAUUAUGUGAGGAUACAGGACCACCAUAGAAAAAUUUGCACCUUGAAUACCGCUCUUAUACAGAGAUGGCUGAGCCACUUGCAAGGAAGACUCCUGCCAGAAAUCUCGAAUGAGAUUGACCUGGUGUUUUCCUCAUCAAGUUGCCUCAAUGGGUCUUUCUUGGCGACAAGUCACCCAGAUCACUACAACACCAGCAGUAAAUGUUCUGGGGUUGAUAUGAAUAUGGCUCGCCUCCUAUUUCACCGAUUGGUUCAGCAGGAUCACCCCGAAGUGGCUCAGCAGAUUGCUGCGAGUCUAGAGAAGAACCUGAUUCCCAGACUAAGCAACUCUCCUCCAGAUAUUGAAGCUCUGAGACUUUACCUCAUUCUUCCAGAAUGUCCCCUCUUCAGUGACCCAAACACAUAUGUGACUCUGGCAAUCCCAUUUGCCAAGUCAGUUGUCAGUCUAAAAGAAGCUCCACGGAAAGUGCUUGGAAACUGGUGGUCUACAUUUGAGCCCACAGUCUUCCAGAGAGUGGUGGAAUUGUACAAGGACGUGGUGGUUUAUCUACUGAAGAUGCAUAAGGUGGGCAUCCCACCAACAGAACAGAGAAUUUUCAUCUGCUUCCUUGACACAUCACUCAGAUUCUUGGAGAUCCUGCAUGCGGUGAGCGAGAGGGCAGGACACAUCAUACAGUAUGACAAAUUCUACAUCCAUGAGUUGGAUGACCUGGUAGACAUCAGAAAUGACUACAUCACAUGGAUCCAGCAGCAGAUGUAUCCUCUUGGUCACGAUGGUGCAGUCACCCUGUGCAGGUUUCCUUUUGUAUUUGAUGCCCAGGCAAAGACCACACUGCUUCAGACCGAUGCUGUUAUACAAAUGCAGAUGGCAGUGGACCAGGCACAGAGGCAGAACUUUAGCUCCAUGUUCCUACCGGUGGUAGAGUCUGUCAAUCCCUGCCUUAUCCUUAUUGUCCGGAGGGAAAACAUUGUUGGAGACACCAUGGAAGUCCUCAGAAAGUCCAAGAAUGUUGACUACAAGAAACCACUCAAGGUGAUCUUUGUUGGAGAGGAGGCGGUCGACGCAGGUGGAGUGAGAAAGGAAUUCUUCCUUCUGAUCAUGAGGGAACUCCUGGAUCCCAAGUAUGGGAUGUUUCGAUACUAUGAGGAGUCUAGGCUCAUCUGGUUUUCAAAUAAGACCUUUGAGGAUAUUGACUUGUUCCACCUUGUUGGGGCUAUCUGUGGUCUGGCCAUCUACAAUCUCACCAUUGUAGAGCUCCACUUCCCAGUGGCCCUUUAUAAGAAGCUCCUGAAGCGAAACCCAAUGCUGGAUGAUCUGAAAGAGCUGAUGCCAGAUGUGGGAAGGAGUCUACAGCAGUUACUGGAUUACACAGAAGAUGACAUCGAAGACACAUUUUGCUUGAAUUUCACAGUCACAGAGGAAAACUUUGGUGCAACUGAGGUCUUGGAACUUGUACCAAAUGGUGAGGAUAUCAAUGUUAAUAAAUCAAACAGGCAAGACUUUGUCAACGCAUAUGUGGACUACAUUUUCAACAGGUCAGUAGCGCCACUGUUUGAGUCCUUCUAUGCUGGGUUCCAUAAAGUGUGCGGUGGAAAGGUUCUGGAGCUGUUCCAGCCAAAUGAACUGCGAGCCAUGGUCAUUGGCAACACCAACUAUGACUGGAAAGAGCUCGAAAAGAGUACUGAAUACAAAGGAGAAUACUGGGCUGAUCAUCCCACCAUCAAAUUGUUUUGGGAAGUGUUCCAUUAUCUCCCUUUAGAGAAGAAAAAACAGUUUCUGCUGUUUCUUACAGGAAGUGACCGUAUACCCAUCCUGGGCAUGAAAAGCUUGAAGCUGGUAAUCCAGUCUACAGGUGGAGGGGAACAUUACUUGCCUGUUGCGCAUACCUGCUUCAACCUACUGGAUCUGCCCAAGUACACCAGUCUAGAGACCCUCCGUUUCAAAUUACUUCAGGCUAUAGAUCACAAUCAAGGCUUCAAUCUUGCCUGAUGGUACACAAAACACCCACGGGUUUGUGCCUAGGCUGCUGAUGGUAAUGACAUGCUCAGCUUUUUUCCAGACGCGUCUCUGCUAGCAGUUCUGCUCAAAGGGAUUCAGAACUUCCAACAUUCACAGUUGUGAAAUAUAACUCUUUGCUGGGGCCAAAUGACAAUGAAAACUGCUCCAGGGUUGGAUUUUCAAUUUCUCCAUGCCACCACAGUAUUUUACGCUUGACUGAUUUCAAGUUAAACCACGUUGACGGCUCUUGAUGUUUUUGGGUUUUUUGUUUUUUGUGUGUGUGUUUGGAUGAGUGUAAUGGCUCUUCGAGCUUGGUUGGUAUAAGUAAACAUUUCCUAUUUUACAUAAUCUGCUGUGACAACUGUUAAUGAGCACAGUAUGAUGAUUUAUGCUUUAGGAGUUAAUUUUCAUGGCUGUAAGCAUUCAACAACUCUAAUAAAGUUACAGCCGAUGUUCUUAGUUUGGCUGAUCAUACAGAACUUUGAUUGCAACACCUUGAUUUUGUAAAUGUUAAUUACUGUGACUUAAGUUAUUCACCUGUAACUGCAACUGUGAAAGCGUAUCGCUCAAAAGGUUAUCCAAGCAUUCUUUUGUUUACCAUUACAUUUCACAAUGGUGUUUUUCUAACCCUCUGGGCUCGUGGGGGAGUAGUGCAAUGUGCACCUUUGAAACUGCAAGACGAGGUGGUUUUGAAGUUCUGCACUGCAGGAGAGGCAACGGUGUCCAGGCAAGAGGCUCCUACAUUAACCUGCACAGUCCAGGCUGGCCCAUAGCCAACGUCGUGUGUAGUAGACUGCAUUUCUGGCAAAAUUCAGGUAGUGAAGUUUCCACUAUAUCCAGAAACACUUUGGUUUGUGAAACUAAACCUGUACUUUAAAAACUCUUUCAAGCGUUUCGUUCGGCCUAAAUAAAUAUUAGCUACUACAGCAAUUUGAAAGAUGUUUAGUCCUCUUCUCGGUGGCCUUUUCCAAUUGUUUUG